AUUAAUCGUGUUUCAUUACUGUCAAAAUUGACAAAUCUGGUGUAAGUGCUAAAUCUAAGUAUGAUUACUUUGAGGAUAUCUUUUUUACUAGCUAUUGAUUUGGAAGAACCUGUGAAAAAAUUGCUCAAGAAACCCAAAUUUAAGAAGAAAUCUAAGUCGACGAAAGCCAAAUCCAAAUCGGGAAAGUCCAAAUCCAAAUCGGCAAAGUCCAAAAAGAAGCCCAAAUCGGAAGGAAAUGGCUGUUACAAGGUGAUCGAAGUUCAAAAACCCAUCAGUUACGUCCAUAUCGAGUACGAACUGUUUCCCAAAAAAUUCAAGUACGGUGCUGAUGUUAUCUGUUGGGGGCCCGUAGCUAAAAUUUUUACCAAAAAUGGGGUCAAAGCUUUCAAAACUGUGACGAGAGACAAUACAGUUUGGGUCCCUGUGUUUCUGGAACAUUACCUAAACCCUCUACCAACUGAAGAAAUUCGAAAGUUGCUAAAUCAAGUCAUUAGUGUUAACAUUAAAACAGGUAAAAACAGCGUUGGGGCCAAAGCCAAAGCUGACAAAAAGAAGAUUUUUUAUUUGCACAAGGAUGAUUUUCAUAAUGAUUUUUUCGCCGAAUUGUACUCUGAUAAGCCGAAAUGUGACGAUAAGGAGGAAAUUAGGAAGAAAGCAAUUGAACGAAUUUUAUUAAAGUUACUGAACUUUCCCGUGAAUAAUGAAAUUGUUUCGUGGGCCUACAAUAUGGUUUCAGAUGAUGUUCAUGCGUAUAAAAUUUGUCAAAUUAUAAUUCGACGCUCUAUCGGGCAAGAAAUUCGUUGUAAGGACUUCAACGAAGAAGACAAUAAAAAAGGUGCCAAGAAAGAUAAAAAGACAAAGAAGAAAAAAGGAAAAAAGCCAGGAGGCGGAAAUUACAAAGUUGAUUUAAAAAUACCGUCACAUAUUUUAUUAUCAGAUCCUUUACUUUCAACGUUUCAAGUGAGAGAAACUGGAAAUAGAUUAAGGGAUAUUUUUAUUUUAAUUAGUAGUGAAAAUAUCUUAACAAGUUUCCAGAAACAACAGUUGUGUCCCUUGAUUGUAAAAAUUCGCAAAAUUAAUAAUUUCCCGUUUGAGAUUUUGAUUCGGCAUGGUUUUUCACAAAUUUAUCUAAACUGUGAAAUCCCAGAUGUUUGUGAGUUUAAAACGUCUAUGAAACCGGUUGGUGACACAAUUCAUUUUGAUGAAUCCCGCUUUGUGAUCACGAGUGAUUUACCCGAAAUAAAAAUUUUGGAAAUGUUACAAACACGGCGCGCCAUUUUGAAAAUUUUAGGUGUUCGAAGUAUUCCAACCAAAAAUCUGCUUCAAGCAAAAGAGAAGAAAAAGAAAAACAAGAAAAAAGAAAAGCAAAAUCCGGUCAAAAGUGGCGACGACGUGUCCCUAGCUGUGGCCACUUUUGACCUCAGUGCCCUAAUCAAAUCCUUUCACUUAUUCAAAGAGAAGGGUCAGUGCUACAACAUGAGAUCAGUAACAACGGAAAAGCCCCUAAAACUUGAUUGCUAUUUCAUAAACCGAAGAUUCACCAUAAACGAGUUGAAUCUGAGCGAUUUUGAGAAAAAUCCCCCAAAUUCAUUACUAGCCGACCAAAAUUUGUUCUGGAGGGGCACUACAGUGAAAUUCGAGGCCCAUUUUCUCACUCCACCGCACCCCUUGUUCCAUAUCAAAGACACAAGUCAUAGUUAUAGACGCAUUUUGCUUAUUAUUUUCAAUCAAGGGGUCGCAAAAUCUCUCUUUGAUAAUCUCCUCAGACACAAUUAUGGGAUUUUGGGCCCGGGCCCCAUCCUCGUCCCCAAUUUUCUAUCCCAUCAGAAACGGCUUUUAUCCAGUGCUGACAAGUUAAAUUCUGAGAACGAACAAGUCUUGUCUGGGUUUUGCAUAGAUGACAGCAACAGUUUUAUUUUUUAUAUUGAGGGACCCUCAAACGGAUAUUUUCUCGAAGUGGUGCACCAGAUAAGUGGCUUGAAUUACUCAACGGCUAAAGUGUUCUACAAUUCUGAGUAUUUAUUUGAAAAGAGACUCUUUCAGACGUUUUUCAAGAAUUGUGGUUUUUUGCUAAUUAAUUUGAAGUUGCCACUUGUUGAAAUUUUUAGGCAAGAGAAGACUUAUAUCGAAGGGAAUGUUCCCGUUCAUUGCUUCAAGGCUAUUCAAAAGUUGAAUUUGAUUCUCAAUUCCAACACUUUUAAGUCGAUUUUGAGCCAUAGUUUGGUGCCCACUGAAAUCGAAUUGUUGUCGUUUUCGGUGGAGUAUGGCUACCAGUUGAGGUACCAUUUCAAGCAAUUGAAAAGGAGCAGUUAUUGUGACACCAAGGCGAAAGAUGUGGACCUGUUUACCCAAAAAACAUAAUAAAAUUCGUUCAAAAACUUUUUAAAUUGUGAUUAUGCAACCGGCAGAUGCGAGUGAUAUUACUGGUUGCAUAAUCUUACCACCUGCUUCAAACAAGUGUUAAAGUUCUUGUAGUUUUGUGUAAUUUCUCCAAAAACAUGAUAGUCUUAUUAAAACUGAUCGACUUAAAAAAAA